AUGGCUCAAAUCGUAAGACAAAGUAAGUUCCGACAUGUGUUUUGUAAGCCUGUCAAGCACGAACAAUGCAUGUCCGACAUUCGGGUAAACAUUUAAAGUUUUAAAGUUUUAAUUUUUCUCUUAAUUAGGUAACGGAAAUAACCUGGGACUCACUGUUCUGCGACGUCAAUCCCAAGUUCAUCGCUCUCAUUACAAGAGGCGCUGGAGGUCCUUUCAUGGUCAUACCUGUUAAUAAGGUGAAACUUUUCUCUAUUCUUUCAACCCAGACCCAAGACCUGUCAAAGACUAGAACCAUCUAUAUCUCACCUCCCUCCAGUCGGCUUCUGACCGGAUUUCUGGCAAGUUCGCGUGGGAACGCUGCGUGUGCAAAUACUCUUGUUUCAAUACGUAACCUAUAGAUACGUUAGAAAAUUUUGAGAGGUUUUUUUUCUCUAUUCGAGUGAAACGAACAAAACAUUUUUCAUGAUUUUACUGUGUGGUAAAAGAGUAGAAAUCGGAAAUUAUCUUUCAUUCUAAGGUUAAAAACAAGGUGGAUUCGUUUUAAUAUUUUUUCGUCGUUUUAGUUCAUACUGCUUAGUUUAUCUACUUAUCUAAACUCAUUUACUCCAGGUAACUGAAAAUUUUUCCUCUGUUUGCCAACGGAAUUAUAUCGCAAUGUCAGCAAACAUCAUCUUUGAAAUAUGUAUAACUUUCACUAUUCGUUUUUUUUAAUUGAAAAAAAUGUGAAAGUGCGAUUCAGGUUGUGUACAGCAGCUACGCGCAGAGUUCUAACGGAAAUGUGUAAAAGUCUGAAUGGCUUGCCGCAAGCAAGCCGCUUGCGGCCAGAAAUUCUCAAAAGUCGGGAUUUCAUUGUGAUUUUGAAACUAAAAUUCUUUAAAAAUUCGUACUGACUAUUUUUUGAAUGUUGAAAAAUGAAGAUCUCGUAGGUCGGCCGCAUCGACAAGGACUAUCCUUUUGUCGAUGCACACAAGGCGCCGUGUCUCGAAGUCGCGUGGAGUCCAUUCAACGACAAUGUCAUUGCCUCGUGUUCAGAAGACACAACAUGCAAGGUAGGAAUCUACCGAAAUUCCUCUGAAAAGCGGAAAAUAUCAACUAAACUUCAUUCCGCGUUCAUUUCAGAGAAACUAUAUGUAGAUACUUCUAAACAUUUUCUUUUCGUGAAAUACUUCACUAGUCGUGUGAAAACCUUCCUCAAUAUUUUUUUCCUCUUCAAAGCCUUUGAAUGCAAUUUGUUGGAUUAUUGGAUAUCAAAUACUAAUUAUUCAAAAAAAAAAAGCUAUAAAUCAAUAAUUUAGUUUGAUUUCAAGAAGAAAAUUAAAACUUCCCAGACAUUCCUUUGAUGCUUUUUUACAGUUUGAAUUCAUUGCUAGGAUUUUUUGAAACUUUUUGUCUCAAACUUUGGCAAACUUUUUUAAAGAAGGAAUGAAUAUGUUAGGACUCCCUCUUGCAGGUUUGGGUGAUUCCAGACCGCGGACUUUCGCGAAAUCUUGUCGAACCGGCCGUUGAGCUGUGCGGCCACCAGAAACGCGUCAACACCCUCGCCUGGCAUCCCACUGCCAACAACGUCUUGCUCACUGCUGGCUCGUUCCACUUAUUGACUACUUUUUUCUUUUCGAAUACAGAUCACAACAAAUCAAAGUCCUCAAAGUGCAGUGGUCGCUAGAAAACAUGAUUUUUUUUUAGCAAAAAAAGAGUGCAGAACACAUGUUGACGUCUUUUCCAACCAUUGAUCAAAAAAACACAGAUUUAUUAGGACUGAUUAUCUAAGUAAAGCAUAAAUAUUGAAGGUGGCGAGAACAUCAUGUACCUCUGGAACGUGGGAACUGGAGAAGCUCUUCUGGAGAUCGCCGGUCAUCCAGACCAAAUCUUCAGCAUCAGUUUCAACUACGAUGGCAGCCAGUUUGUUACGGCCUGCAAAGUGAUUUUUACAGGAAAAUUUGCAAUAAUGUAAGAUUUUUUAAGGAUAAGAAAAUCAGGAUUUUGGACUCACACACCGGUGCCGUUCUACAUGAAGGAGUCGGUCACGAGGGAGUCAAGCCUCAAAGAGCCAUUUUCGUCAAGGACGGCCUGGUUCUUACUACGGGGUUGGAGCUCUGAAAUAUCGGAAAGAUAUUCAAUAUUAUUUUUCAGUUUCACCAAAAGAUCUGAGAGACUUUUUGCGCUUCGAGCUCCAGUAAGUCACCACUCACCGAAUAGUUUCUUUUUCAGCUCUUUAAAAAAGUUGCUUGAAACCAUCUCGAGAAGAACUUUUCUUGAAAAUUUUUUUUGAAAAAAUAUCUCUACUUUUUUUCAGAAAAAAAGACUUUAAAUUUAAAUUUUAAAAAAAUAUUAAGGAAGACUUAUCGACACCAAUAAUAGAAGAAGAGCUUGACACGUCCAACGGAGUGUUGUUUCCAUUUUUCGACGAAGAUACCGGCUUGCUCUACCUUUGCGGAAAGGUUCUUAAGAGUUAUUACACUUACAACUUUGUUUGUGUACUUGAUCAAUUGAAAAAAUCUCGGAAUGAAAGAAAAGUUUCAGAAAUUUCAGUACUCCUAGGCCGUUCAUGGAAGUUUCAAUUAUCGACGUUUCUUACUAGGGAACUACUCGGACUCGGGUACCCGUUUCGAGUUGAAACUUUGGUGGCUCAUGGACACGGCUAAGAGUACUUGAAAACAAGAGAGAUUAUCUGCUAAACCCCAUAGGCUUUUGAGAAAAAGCUUUUUGAAAAUGAACAAUUUAGGCUUGAAAAUUAUCAAGUAUUUGCUUUCCUCCUUUUGACUGGAAAAAAGUUUUUUAGAGUUAAUCAUAGCCGGAUCAUUCAAGGCGAUUGUAUUAAAAUAUGAAAUAAGGUAGAAAGCAGUAUUCUGAAAAUUUCCAAGCCUAUUUUUCACAUUUUCUACUAUUUUUUUUCUUAGUUCUCUAUUGGGUUUAGCAGAUAUUCUCCCUUGUUUUCAAGUAUUCUGACUUGGGUCUAUAAACCACUAAAGUUUGAACUCGAAACGCGUACCCGAGUCCGAGUAGUUUCCUAGUUAGAACUAUCAACGAACUAUUGCUGAAAAAAUUUUGAAAGAAUGAAACAUAUUUUCUAAAGGGCGACUGCGCAAUUCGUUACUACGAAGUGAACAACGAAGCGCCAUUCGUGCACUACAUCAACACCUACACGACAAGUGAGCCUCAAAGAGCUAUCGGUUUCCAAUCGAAGCGAGGCAUCAGCUCGGAAGAAAACGAAGUAGUCAGGUAAGAACUUCAUAAAAACUUUUUUUUGAAACAUUCAAAAUUACAGAAUCUAUAAGCUGACUACGAAGGGAAUUGUCGACAUACUUCAGUUUUUCGUGCCUAGGAAGUCAGACUUGUUCCAGGUUUUUUUUUUUCAGACUUGUUCCGGGUUUUUUUUUAGAAAAAAAAGUUUUGCUCAUUUUCCAGCACGAUCUGUACCCAGACACACGGUCCACGAUUCCGGCGAUGACGGCUGAAGAGUUCAGCGAAGGCAAGAACGCUCCUCCGAACAGGCAGCCUGUCAACGCCGAAGCAGCCGCUGCCUCUGCUAAGCCAAAAGUCGCCGUCGUCAAAAAAGCCAACAUUCUUAACACUCUGGCGCCCACUGCGUUAGUGAUAUUUUUUGAACUUCAGUCACAAUUUUCUUUCUCAGGGCCGAAUCUCCACAAGCAAAAUCAUACUCUGAAACGCCGUCAGCGCAAUCGUAAGACGUUGAAUAAUUAACCUACAGAAUAUUUACCUUCAGAAGUGCUGCUCCUUCUCCACGGCCAAGCUCUCAAGCUUCUCCUCGACAGCGGCCAGUUGUCGUCGACGAUGACAUGGGAAUCGUCACGAUGCGAGAGGUAUUCUAAUCAAUUCAGAAUACUAAUAUCUCAUAGUCUUCAGCAAGCUCCGAGCAGACCGGCGUCGAGUAGAGCUUCGCGAUCGGAGAUCCCACCUAAAGAAGAGCCGAAAACCGACCCCAUGAAACCAAAACAAGCGGUUUGUUCCUUCCAGUUAAUCAGUAAUGAAGAAGUAACAUAACAACCUACCCCCCUCUCCCUUAUCACUUUCCUUACUAAUUAUUAUCCGUCUAAAGGUCCAACUAAAAUCCCGAGCCGACAGAGAUGAGCCAGGAGCCAUGACCGCUGGUCAGCGAAGAGCCGCUGCCGAAUUAGAUCGCAUAAAAAGAGAUCAGGUUCAUUAUUUUUCAAUUCGAUCAAAUUUGAAACUCGACGUUUUUUCAAAUUUAACGAAGAUUCACUCAAUGGAAGCCAUUAAAGAUUGUUAACCCUACAGUCACGCCUACCGGAUGCGGAAGAGCUGGCUCCGCCGAUACCUCAAGGCGGACAAUCUGCUUCGCGAAGAUCCAGCAACGCUGAUAUCGGGGCACGUAUCACUUCUGCUUCUGCUUUUCUAUCUAUUUCACUAGAGAACUCACUUAUUUACUAAGUUUAUUGAUGUUAUUGAUGCCUCAAAAAAAGAGAUAAUUUUUGUUUUAUAACUUCAAAAUUUUAAAGAGAAUCGCCCCAAACGGAAUAUAUGAGGCUCUGAUCGCAAAAAAAGACUAAAGCCCAUAAUGUAAGGAAAAAUCUCAAUCUACAAAACUUUCUAUUUUCCGAUAAAAGUUUCUUUUAAAAACCAUUAAAAUGAAAAGAAGUUUGACAAGUAUCCAUAAAGUUCUGACCAUUGUGAGUUCAAAUCAAAAAUAAUUCCUUUUUAGGGUUUCUCGGAAGUUGAUAAAAUGAGAACUCAAAAAAAUCAAAAAAAAAAAAUUGCAGAAGGUACCGACAAACAUGGAAGAGCUGCUGGAGGAUCUGAUGAAGAUGAAGGCCGUUUUGCGGCAACAUGAAAGACGAAUCCGCAUGCUCGAGGAAGAAAUCGCCGAGCGGAACAUGAGCAAUGCCUAUUCAUUUUAA